AAUUUCAAUCUCAGUAAAGCAAAGCAUCAUCACUCACUGGUCACGCACCCAGUAGAGAGAGAAAGAGAUAAAGAUGGAAACUUUACAGAUAGAGAAGGUAAGGAAAGAAGAGCAGCUUUGAGGUGAGAGAAAGGAGAGAAAGCUCUGCCCUUGAAAUAUGCAUCGCGAUAAGGACUUGUGUGUGCAAGAGCUUUUUGUAGUAAAAGUUGAGUAAUAACUAUUUUUUUAUUAUAAUAAGCUUCAGAAGAACUGCUUCACCAUCACCCUAUGCACAGAUGGUCUUCUCCUGCUCUCUGCGCCACUUCUCAGCAUCAGUCUGCUUUUAAUUUCAUGCCUGCAAAGUGUUCGACUCUUAACCCUUGUAGAGGCUCUGCUGCUUCAUUGGUUCUUUCAAAGUCUCAUCCUUUGGACGUGAUCUACCUCUAGGCUCCAACCCCAGUUCACUGAUGUAAGUUACUACUCUCAUCUUUGCCAUUUUGUUUGUUUAAAGAUGAAAAGUUGUGAUUUUGUUAUUGGGUUUUCUUUCAUCUGGGUUUGACUUCUUUCAUGGCAUUGGCUUGACCAUUGUAUGUCCCUUUUUUGUCUUAAAAUUUAGAUGGUUUUCCUAAUUUUGAGUUGAGGUUUUGGGUUUGUUGUGGGAAGAUGCUUGAUGUUAAAGCCAGGCAAUGUGUUGGUGAGAGUGUGGACCUGUUUUGAGUUUCCAUCUGUUCUUUAUCUUGGGAAUCAAGCCUUUGUAAUUGUGUCUUCUGGUUCGGUAAGCUGUAAAACAGCUUGCAUUUUUGUCUUUUUCUUUCAAUUUUUGAGAUUGAGAUUUCACCUCUCUUUAUUUUCCUUUUCUCCUGUUGGCUGCUUUGGAUUCUAGCUUUGAUUUUAUU